AUGUCUACCAUCGAUCCUGGCAUGCAGGAUACAGUCACAGAAGCCGAACACGAUGCCAAAGCCAAACACGGCUCGGGUGACAUGACAGACGAUGCGGAUGCCAACCAAGCGGAAGCGUUUGAAGAAGAAGCCGAGGAAGCGGAAGAGCAAGAGGAGUAUAGAGAGCCCUCGCGCUGGUGGUUCGCUUCCACAGCCUGUCCCCUUCUCGCCGGCACGUUCGGCCCCAUAGCCAGCGGCUUCAAUAUCUGCGCCCUGGCAAUCAACUGGCGCGUCUACAUCCCACCCCAAGGAACCGAGGAGCACGGUGUUAGGAUUGCCGAUCCGCCUUGGUUGAUUGCGGUGAAUGCUGUCAGUUUGCUUGCGGCACUGGUAGCUAAUGCGAGUCUGUUGCUUAACAUGGCGAGAAGACUGAGGUUCAACAUUGCCCAGCCUAUUACGAUCUCGGGAUUUGGGUCGGCGGGUGUGUUGUUGAUUGCGGAUAUGGCUGCGAUGGUCGCGAGUCCCAAUUAUCACUUGACUGGCGAGGCGCAACCGUCAGCCAAUCAUGCUCUGACGCAGGCUUUCUAUUAUGCCAUCUUCGCAUCAUCUCUAUACAUAAUCAUAAGUAUACUGAUGUGUCUGACGGUCUACGGUGCUACGAAGGACUACUACGAGAACAGCUUCCGUCUCACUGAUUCGCAACGGACGCUCAUGCUGCAAACGAUGAUGUUUAUCGGCUACCUACUCCUCGGUGCGCUAGUCUUCAGCGAGAUCGAAGGCUGGAACUAUCUUGUCGGCGUCUACUGGGCAGAUGUCACGCUCUUGACUGUGGGCAUAGGCGACUACUCACCCUCCACCAACGUUGGUAGAGGGCUCAUGUUUCCUUUCGCCAUCGGAGGUAUCCUCAUGGUCGGUCUGGUCGUUGGCAGUAUCCGGUCCUUGGUGCUCGAACGCGGCAAGGAGAAGCUAGGAGCCAGAAUCACCGAGAAGCGUCGAUCCGCUGCUAUCCAUAAUGUGGAUGAGCGGAGGCAGACGAUCAAGGUUUCAUGGUUUGCCGCCGCAGACUUCAGCACAGACCCCGGUCUCUCACCUGCUCAGAGGAGAGAGGAGGAGUUCAAUGUCAUGCGCAAGGUGCAAGCUGUGGCUGAGGGAGAAAGGAGAUGGUUCGCGCUGCUGAUGUCAGCGUCAUUCGUGCUAUUUCUGUGGUUUGUGGGCGCAGCAAUAUUCAUGGUGGCCGAGAAGAAUCAGCAAUGGACUUAUUUCAACGCACUUUACUUCAGCUACAUCUGUCUCCUGACAAUUGGCUAUGGAGACUUACGUCCGGACAGUAAUGCUGGCCGGGCUUUCUUCGUCUUCUGGUCUCUGCUGGCUGUACCCUCUUUGACGAUCCUCAUUUCUAAUAUGGGUGACACGAUCGUCAAAGCCUUUUCAGAUCUGACGAUAUGGAUUGGCACCAUCACUGUCUUGCCAGGUGAGCAAGGCUUUCGAGCAGGUGCAAAGGCAAUGGGACAGCAUACUUCGAAGUGGUUCAGAGAUAGCUUCCAGCGCUUCACGCCGCCAGGACUCUUGGGCGAUGUGCCGCAAGGCCAUACGAUUCAUCAUGAGAAGAGGAUGAGUAGCUCACAACACGAGCAACGCAUGCUUGACCGAAUGGCGGAACGAUUGACGACCCAUGCUGAGAAUGAAGAACUCCGCGAAGUCGAGGAGAUGAAUCAGCAGGAAGAUGUUCUCGAAAGAGAUAUCAAUUUCUACCACUAUGUGCUAGCUCGGGAGUGUCGAAACCUGCAGAAGGACCUUGGAACAUCUCCUGCCAAGAACUACGCAUGGGACGAAUGGGAGUACUUUCUAAAAUUGAUGGGUAACCAGGACGAUCCAGAAGAUUUCCUGGGACAGAAGCUGCCGAAUAUUUUGGUGCCUGAACCGCUGCGCGUGGCUCCUAGUCAGGGUUCCGAUGCCACGGUGACUGGUGAUGUGGCAGCUGAGGCGAAGGAUGAGGCCGGAGCUGCUCAGAAUGCAAACCACGACGUUGAGGACGCACAGACGGAUGGCGUGGUAGGCCGAAGAACAGAGCUAAGAAACUGGAAAGCAAAGCGCAAAGCAAACAAACUCAGACCUCAUCCCUCGCGCCAGCCUUCCUCGGGACGACAUAAAAGACCUACUACAAUGGACAUUCUAGACUGGUCCUGGCUCUCCUCCAAAUCACCCCUCAUGGGCACGAAGACAGAAACGGAAUGGAUACUUGAACGAUUGUCCGCAGCUUUGGAGCGGGAGCUGAAUAGACAGCGAAAAGGCUAUAAGCGUGAACCACCUAUCAGACUCAGCGAGAUCAGGAAGAGGCGUGUGCAACAGGCGAAAGAGGAUAAGGAAGGGGUGGAGCCUGGUGGUGAUGUUGAGGGAAAGGGCGUGAGGAGUCGGCAUCAGGCCGGGAAGGGGAUGCAUCAGGCUGAGGAUACUGCUAUUGGGAAGGCUGAGAGGGGGGAGGCUUGA